ACAUAAUUUAAUCAAGCAUACAUGCUAGCUCUGAGUAUGUAACCAGUUUGUUGUGUCCAUUUGGUGUGAGUGCACGUAAACUUAAAGAUAUUGCCAGACAGAAAUAUGGGUUCCGCAACUAUUCUCUUGUCAGUCGUGGCUGUGGUGCUGAUGGUGGCUUAUUCAGAAGCAGCCGGAGACUGCCCCCUCCCUUCAAAGGUAUACGGCUGCAGUCCCAAGUGCGUGCAGGACUACGAGUGCGGUAACGGCAAGGUGUGCUGCUCAAACGCCUGCAACGCCAAAUCCUGCACCGUGCCCGCUGGCAACGGCCAGGGAACUGGCAGCUCUGGCAGCAAAUAUCAGUCGGGAACCGGUACUUACUGCGACAACGUGAAAUGUAACUCCUUUGAAGUGUGCAAGAUGGACCCCAAGACCAAACGUAACAAGUGCAGCAGACCCUAAGCUUAAUAUAUACCUAAGUUUUUCCUUUUUAAUCCUUUUGUAUUCCAUUAAACCUUUGUUUAAACCAUUUAA